CGCCCCAGUCACUCGGCUCUGCGGCCACCCGGCGCUAGGAGCAACCCGGGCGGCGGCGCGAAGGUCCUCGCCAUGUCUGCGGCCAUGAGACAGAGGUUCGACCGGUUUCUGCAGGAGAAGAACUGCAUGACCGACCUUUUGGCCAAGCUCGAGGGCAGGACCGGCGUGAACCGGAGAUACAUCGCGCUCGGUGUCAUCGGGCUGUUGGCUUUGUACCUGGUGUUCGGUUAUGGAGCCUCGCUCCUCUGCAACUUGAUAGGAUUUGGCUACCCAGCCUACGUCUCAAUUAAAGCCAUAGAGAGUCCCAAUAAAGAAGAUGAUACCCAGUGGCUGACCUACUGGGUAGUGUAUGGUGUGUUCAGCAUUGCCGAAUUCUUCUCUGACCUUUUCCUGUCAUGGGUCCCCUUCUACUACAUGCUGAAGUGCGGCUUCCUGUUGUGGUGCAUGGCCCCAAGCCCUUCUAACGGGGCUGAACUGCUAUACAAGCGCGUCAUCCAACCUAUCUUCCUGAAGCAUGAGUCCCAGGUGGACACUAUGGUGAAUGACUUGAAGGACAAAGCCAAAGAGACUGUAGAUACCAUCACUAAAGAAGCCAAGAAAGCAGCAGUGAAUUUACUCGGUGAAGAAAAGAAGAGCACCUAAACCACUGACUGGAUGAAACCUUUCUGCCCUCACUGUACCUUCCUAUUAGCGCUUGGUAUUAUAUUAGGGACUGUGGUAUAAUCAUUUUAAUAACGUUGCCUUGGAAACACUUUUGAUAUAUUAAAAAGAGGAAUGUGUUUUUUUUUUGUUUUGUUUGUUGCUUACUUUUAUUGUCUAUAUACAUAGGGAGCACUUAAAUUUAAUGCAAUGGGCAAUGUCCAAAUUUUUGGAAAAUAUAUUUUGCCUCUGGGUGGGAAAAGAUGUUACCAUCCUGCAGGAAAUGCAAACUUGAAAUUAUAUAUCCCAUAGGCUUUGUACUUCAGCAGGCUCUCUCUGCAUGCAUUUUCUCUGUACUUACAUUUUAAGAUAAUCUUUAAGGUUCUACUUCAUGUAAUGUACAAUUUUGUAUUAAAUGUUUUUAAGAUAUUUGUGCAUACAUAUAUGUAGGGAAAUGUUACUGACUGUGACAUGUAUAAUGCUCAUAGGGAG